GACCCAAACUGAACCCAUGUCCAGGCCCAUUUGAACCUCACAUUUCCAACCUUUAUAAAAAGCCACAAAAUCAUACAGUCUCUCUGUCUCUCUCUCUCUCUCCCCUCUUUGUUUGUGUUCUUCCAUUCCUCCUCUCUCAGCGAUAUGGCUCAGAAGGCGGUCCUGAAGGUCCUGACCAUGACCGAUGACAAAACAAAGCAGAAAGCCAUUGAAGCUGCCGCUGAUAUUUUCGGGAUUGAUUCAAUCGCGGCAGAUAUAAAGGACCAGAAGCUGACAGUAGUAGGAAUGAUGGAUCCAGUGGCUGUAGUGAAGAAGUUGAAGAAGGUCGGGAAAGUAGACAUAGUAUCUGUCGGACCAGCCAAGGAAGAGAAGAAAGAAGAGAAGAAAGAAGAGAAAAAAGAAGAAAAGAAAGAGGAGAAGAAAGAGGAAAAGAAGGAGGAGAAAAAGGAAGAAAAGAAGGAGGACAAAAAGUAAAUAAAGAGUUACCAAAUUUUAUCUCUCAUGGUAAUAUUUUCUCCUUCUAAGUUAGCAGUUAUGUACGAUGGUUUAUCAUAUACAGGGAGAAGGAAAAAAUGGUGAAAUAUUCAUAAUCCAAAAAUUGCCAUUUCUCAUUAAAUUUUCAAAUAAAAUAAGAAUUCACAAAAAAAAUCCAUUCCUGUAACUAACUUUUAUCUUUUCAAAAAAUAUAUUAUUAUUUGGAUAUUAUCAAGCAAACAAUGUAGCAUUGAAGCAAAUGGCUUUGGUGGAGGGACACUUUUUUUGAGCGAUAUUACUUCAAUUUGAUAUUUGUACGGUGAGAGUGGUUUUUGA